AUGACAGGGCCCCCAGGGUGCCGCCGUUCUCUGGCAGGGCCCCUGGGAGAGCAACUGGGUUCGCCACCUGGCAGGUCCCCAGGGGCGCCUCUGUACUGGAAGGCCGCCGGGGAGUUCCGCUGUCCCUGGGGCGCCACCAGCCCCUUGCAGGGUCCUGCGGUGCUACACCCCCUGGUAGGACCCCUGGGCGCCAGCGCCUUUGGCAGGGCCUUGGUGGCACCGCCGUUUGGAAAGGGCCCCUGGGAGAUCCGCAUCCCUGGCAUGGCCCCACCAGACGUCACCGCCCCUGAAAGGACUGCUGGAGUGCCGUUGUCCCUGGAAGGGUUUCUGGGUGCGCCGCUGUCCCUGGGAGAGCCCCUGAGAGCCCCUGGGGGCGCUACGGUCCUGGAGGGGCCCCUGGGCGCUGCCACCCCUGGCAGGGUCUCUAGGGACACCGCAGUCCCUGGAAGGGCCCCUGUGGGCGUCACCGUCACUGGAAGUCCCAUAGGGGCGCCAUCGUCUGUGGAAGGCCCCUGGGAGCUGCUGUCCCUGUCACGGCCCCUGGUGGUGCCACCGCCCCUGAGAGGGGCCCUGGAAGCGCUGCUGUCCCUGAGAGAUUCCCUGGGGGCGCUUAGCACCCAUGAUAGGGGCCCCUGGGGAUGCUGA